AUGGAGGCCGCACCGCUCAAUGUGGCACGCCACAGUCACGCUGCAGCCGUGGUUUGUGACCGCAUUGUGGUGGUUGGUGGCUUUGAUCGUGUCAGUGGCUACACCAACGCAGUGGAGAUGUUUACCCCGCCUACUCGACCAGGGGACCUAGGCCAAUGGACGAAAUUAAGUCCCCUCAAUCCUGGUCGGGGUGCUCUGUCGCUUGUUGUGUGCUCCGGUUGCCCCAUAGCUUUUGGUAAGCCUUUCUGA